AUGAAGGUUCUUGGUGAACCAUUCCUUGCAAUGAGGUUGAAACGUUCACUAAGCGACUAUCUGAUUGGGAAGGGUUAUGUCAAUGUUGAACUAUGCCCGCAACCGGACGGCCAGAUGUCGAGCGACAAGACGAUCGGCCGUGGCGACGACGCCUUCAACACCUUCGUCUUCGAGACCGGUGCCGGCAAACACAUCCCACGAGCCAUCUUCAUCCACCUCGAGCCUACCGUCAUCGACGAGGUCCUCACCGGAACCUACCGCCAGCUCUUCCAUCCCGAGCAGCUCAUCUCCGGCAAGGAGGACGCCGCCAAUAACUUCUCCCGUGGUCACUACACCAUCGGCAAAGAGAUCGUCGAUCUCUGCCUGGAUCUGAUCCGGAAGCUCGCUGAUAACUGCACCGGGCUCCAGGGAUUCCUUGUCUUCAAUGCCGUCGGUGGCGGUACCGGGUUAGGUCUCGGGUUGCUUCUGCUGGAGAGGCCUUCUGUGGACUAUGGGAAAAAGUCCAAGCUCGGAUUCACUGUGUAUCCUUCUCCUCAGGUUUCUACGUCUGUUGUCGAGCCCUAUAACAGUGUGCUCUCCACUCAUUCUCUGCUUGAGCACACCAAUGUGUCUGUGUUGCUCGAUAAUGAGUUAUUAUAG